CGUUCCACCCAGAACUCCGACCAAAAUUUUUUUCCCUGAAUCGCUGAAAUCUCCGUCCAAAUUGCUAACUCCCGUCCACUGCUCCGACCAGAACUGAAAACAAUCAUGAUUAUAGCAUGAGUCAGCUCAAGCCAAUUGAAUUAUGAAGCUAUAGCAACGGGAGAAGAAAGCAAAACUUAUGGAAUUUUCAGAGGAAUGGAAAUCUCUAUGGCCAAUUUCCUCAGUUUUCAACCCGCCGCUCCUCCUCCUCGAUGGAAACCCGCCACGACCGCCAAAACGAACGCGUCUUGAAGAUGAAGAAGAAAAACAAGAAGAGGAAAAAACCCAUGAAGAAAUAGGUCCAAUAAUAUUCACCUCAUGUCCGAAAUCCCUUAUUCAACUCUACUCUUCACCAUCUUUAGCCCCUCGGCUUCCAGUGCCUUAUCCUGGACUCACGCUCGCAAGAUUCCUCGUAUCCUCCACCUUGAAUUCCGCCACUCCACUGUCUUCUAUUACUUAUUCCGUUUCUUCUCAUAUUGCUUCUGAAAUCGGGUCUGAGCUCGUACUCGCCCAGCAUGAAUCUCAUGAUUAUUUACAUGGGUUUAAUUGCCUUCAGUUGCUCCGGCUCCCUUGUGAUGGUGAUGAUGAAAGCUGGGCUUAUUUGGCAUUUUUUCCUGCUGGGGAAAAUUGUGAGCAAGUUGGAUUUGUUAAAUUAUUUUUAAAGGGAAACUUCCAGUUGGAGGUUGAGCUAAAUCAUGGGAAUCAGGACGUCUUUGUUGCUAAUCAGAAACUUAAUAGUCGGAUUUUGCAGUUGCUGGUGAACCCUGUUUCUGAUUUUGAUGAUACUUUAUCAGCUGAUGCAGCCAGUUCAUUUUCUUCUUCUGCUGGAUUAGCUGUUGUUGGAUAUUUGAUGGCAUGUAGCAUACAUUCUGUGUAUUGGUAUGCAGUGAAGACUACUAGUGGGGCUGAUGGUUUGGGGGUCAAGUGCGCAAAGGUAGAUUUUGUGGGUCAGAGAUUGUUUGGGAUUUCUGAAGUUGUUCAUGCCUGUUGGAGUCCGCAUUUAUCUGAAGAGAGUGUUGUCUUGCUAGAGACCGGUGAACUGUACUUGUUUGGUAUUAGUUCUUGCUUGGAAAAGCAUCCUAGUUCAAACAACAGAGUGGGAAUGAAGAAACUGAAUGCUUUAUGGAGCAAGAAUAAAGAUUUUGAGAACAGUGGCCGUGGUGGUUGGAUAAGUGUUGAAUUUAGUUGGCAUCCAAGAAUUUUGAUUGUUGCUCAUGCGGUUGCUGUAUUCUUAGUUGAUGCUAGGUCUUGUGGGUGCAAUUUGAGCUGUUUGCUGAAAAUUCAGAUGCUGUCUAACAUACAGCAUGAUAGAUUCAUCGGUCUCUGUCGAACUGGUUGUGACGGAUUCAGGUUUUGUGUGACCUCUGGAAGAUUGCUCAUGCUUUGUGAUGUAAGGCAACCAUUUAGGCCACUAUUGCGAUGGGUGCACAGUCUUGAUAAUCCACGUUACAUCACUGUUUUUAGGUUGUCAGAGUUAAGGUCAAAUACCAAGGAUGACAAGUGGGCAACAGACUCAGGCUCUUGCAUCUUGCUUGGAUCAUUUUGGAACAGUGAGUUUAGUCUUUUUGUAUAUGGACCAAACAACAAGACAAAAACUGUUUCUUCUGAAAUAUCAAAAUUUUGCAACUCCUUUUAUGCCUGGGGUCUUCCUUCAGAGUUCUCGUUGUCAGCUUAUGGUACUCAUUGUGGACGUUUUCUCAUAAGAGAAGAGUGCUUGAAGGAUGCUCUUCCUGUGUGGUUUGAUUGGAGACAGAAAACAGGUGUAGUUCUGGGGUUUGGUAUUUUCAGUAGGGACCCCCUAGCUCCCUUGCCAAAAUCAGACACUGUGGAUGGAUUUCUGUUAAUUCGGUUAACGUCCUCAGGGAAAUUAGAAGCACAGAGAUAUCAUGCAGUGGGAGAAUGUGGUAGAAUUUCUGAUGAAGCCCACAGAAAGACAUUAUGCAAUUCUCAGGCAGAUCUUUUGUACGAAAUGAGCCAUGAAGAGGAUGACUUGAACAUCAAAUUUAAUUUCCUGAAUUUUCAGUACCUUCAAGGUUAUCUGAAUGGUAAUCUUGCUGAAAUCCUUAGUAAGGAAAGAAAGCAGGUCGACAAAGUUGCCUUAAAAAAGGAAGCUGGAAAGGAGAGUAAUGAGGAGUCCAUGGUUGGUGAUCCCACUGGAUAUGGGUCACUGCAGAGAAUCUUUGAUGUGUUUAAAGACAUUAAUUUGCCAACUAGUAUUUAUGAGAUUGCCUUGAGGUGUAUUUGGGCAAAUAUGCCCGAGUAUCUUGAACGUUUGGCUCUCUCCAGCCACUCAAAGUACCCAGAAGCCCCCAAAUUUGAAUCCUAUGGUAUUCCUUUUCAAAUACCAUCGUACUGCGGCAAUACUAAGUCGCGCAAAUUUCUGCCUUCCAAAGCUCUUAAGCAGUCCUUUCUGCCCCCUCCUUUUUGGCUUACUCUUCAUAUGGAUAUUUCUGGUAUGCUUGGUAAAAAAAAUCUAGUUAUACGGUCAGCAGAAGAAGAAAUCCAACUUCAGUGUGAUGGGGUUAUGGAAGCAGCUGAUGAACUAACAGGGGCACGUAAUGAAGCUGAAUCAGAGCUUGAUGGUACCUAUGCUGUUUCCCUUGCUGAUGAUACUGACGAAAUUAAUAUUGGGGAUGGAGAUGUAAGAAACUUCUUUUUUCAUAAACCUGUGGCAUUAUUGGAUGAGGUCUGUACAAUGGAAAUAAAGUGCGAAAAGUUCAGAACUUGGAGCAAGAGAUUCACAACCUUUUUAUACAGAAAGCAAGAGCUUUCCCCAGAUGUCAGUCCAGAGAUGGUUGGCCUAGACCUGCUUAAUGCAGGGUGCCCAAUACAAUUGACAUUUAAUGAUUCUGAUAUCUCUUUUGACCCAAACGAGCUGAAGACACUGAAGUUGCUAAAGAAACAACAUUUGGAUUUUCAGAAAGGGUUUGGGUUGUAUCAGGAAUAUGUUACUAGGGGUAACUUCAAGAAAUAAUGUGUACUUUCCGUGUAUAUAAUUUGUCUUUUGGCCUCUUCAAUUU